AUCGAUGACAUCGCGGACGGCGCCGUGAAACCCCCCCCGAACAAGUACCCCAUCUUCUUCUUCGGCACCCACGAGACCGCCUUCUUGGGCCCUAAAGAUCUGUUCCCUUACGAAAAAUACAAAGACAAAUACGGGAAACCAAACAAGAGAAAAGGCUUCAACGAGGGCUUGUGGGAAAUCCAGAACAACCCCCACGCCAGUUACAGUGCCCCUGCGCCCGCGAGCUCCUCGGACAGCGAUGUCCCCGAGAACGACCCCAUGGCGGGCAGCGACCCCGGGGACGACGAGGACGACGCUGCCAUGGCCACGGGGCCCGCAGCCAAGGUGGACAGCGACGAGGACUCGGAGCGAGGCAGCGACCACAGCGGGCUCAAGAGGAAAUCCCUGGCCAUGAAAAUGCCUGUGACAAAACGGCCUCGGAAAUCCUCCAGUGACUUGGAUCAGGGCAGCCCCUCUGUCACAGAAGAGGAGAACUCAGAAACAUCUUCUGAGUCAGAAAAAAACAGUGACCAGGAUUUCACUCCUGAGAAGAAACCAGUGGCCCGGGCUCCACGCAGGAUGCCGGCAGCGGGGAGGAAGAAGAAGAAAGUGGAGUCUGGCUCUGACUCUGACUCCAAAGUGGACUCGGAUCUGGAGAUGGGCAAUGCCACCGUGGACAUGACCAAGUCAGACUCGGACUCGGACUCGGAUGUGUCGGUGAAAAAGGCACCGCGGGGCCGCAAGCCAGCUGAGAAACCCCCUCCCAAGCCCCGGGGCAGGAAACCGAAGCCAGAGCGUGUCCCCAGCAGCUCCAGCAGUGACAGUGACAGCGACAGUGACGUGGAUCGCAUCAGCGAGUGGAAGAGGCGCGACGAGGAGCGGCGGCGGGAGCUGGAGGAGAAGAGGAAGAGGGAGCAGGAGGAGGAGAUCCGGCGGCUCCGGGAGCAGGAGAAGGAGGAGAAGGAGAAGAGGAAGGAGAAGGCAGAGAAGGGAGAGGAGGUGCACUCGGACUCGGACAGCAGCGCCGAGGAUGAAGCGGCCAAAAAGGGCCGGAGGGGCCGGGCCAAGGCUCCGUCCUCCUCGGACUCUGAGCUGGAGCAGGAGAAGGAGGUAAAGAAGCCGGUGAAGAAACAGCCCUCGGAGUUGUCAAGGAAACCAAACCAGAAGGAGAAGAGGGGCCGAGCAGAGGAGAAGCCACGGAACAAACCUCUGAAAGUGGAACGAGGCCGGAAGAAGUCCGACCCGAUCCCUGAAAGGAGGGUGGAGAAGAAAAAGGAGCCCACAGUGGAGGAGAAACUGCAGAAACUGCACAGCGAGAUCAAGUUUGCGCUGAAGGUGGAUAACCCGGACAUCAAGCGGUGUCUGAACGCGCUCGAGGAGCUGGGCACGCUGCAGGUCACUUCCCACAUCCUCCAGAAGCACACGGAUGUGGUGGCUACACUCAAGAAGAUCCGGCGCUACAAAGCCAACAAGGACGUGAUGGAAAAGGCAGCUGAAGUCUACACCCGGUUGAAGUCGCGUGUGCUGGGACCAAAGAUGGAAUCCUUGCAGAAAGCCAACAAAGCUGGGCCUGAGAAGGACAAGGGGGAGGCAGAGAAGGGUCAGGAGAAGCUGUCGGGAGCAGAGACACGGAAUGAGAAGGGGGAGGAGGAGACAAAUGCUGACCUGUCAGGUCCUGUGAAUGGUGAAUCCCAAAAGUCAGAGGGCACAGAGGAGAAGGACAAGAGCCAAGGGCCAGGAGCUGUGGAGCUGGAGGCACCCACAGAGGAGCCCCACAACAACAGUGUCCAGGACUAUCCCAAGGCCGGGCCGGAGCGAGCUCGCGGGGAGUCGGAGGCUGCGGAUGAGGAGGAGGAGGAGGAGAGCUGAGGAAGCAGCUCCCACGUGGAGGAGGAGGAGGAGGAGGAGAGGCUGUGAAGGGAGAGCAGCCUCUGCCUCAUCUCCUGCCUGAGUCACUUCACUCUGUCCCACCGUAGCCGAUGUCCUUGGUCUUGUCCCGUGUCCCGUCCCUGCGGAGGCAGCACCCGCGGUGGGGCUGUGCUGGUGUCUGUAUUUGUCCCCCACUCCCCCCCUUGUUUUUAAUUUUUG